UGUAACUCGGCCGGUCGGUCGCUCACUCAGUCACUCACUCUCGGUGCCACGUUCCAACCAGAAUACCUUUUACCCACUGAUUUGCCUACUCGAUCGUCUCUACGGGGGCCCAGAUCUCGUUCGCCCGCUUCCGUGAUUUCCCUUUUUCUCUCUCUCCCUCCGGAACUCAUAUCCCCUUCUCUGUGCAGUCGACCACGCACACACACAAAUGCUAUUACUUGCUAGCCUAUUUUUUUCUCAUUAGCCCAGCUUCCUUCCCUUUCGAUUGCUUACCUCCUCUCCCUCUUGCUCUUGCCAUCUCUAUGGCCUGCCUGGUACCUGACCUUACCUUACCCUCUUUUCUCACCAGAAGUAGUCAUUGAGGUACUCUACACCUGAACCGACGACGACGUUAGCUCGCUUUUUUCACUCAACUUCCUUCCCACAUCCCCCUUCCACUUUUUCCCUCUCCCCCUUCCCAUCCUAUCCGGAGACCGGGGACCUAAUUUGAACAAGUCCGUCCAUCAAUUCUAGGCCGUCGCUUCCGUUCAGUCUCGGUCGGCUUGUUUCUCGCCAACCCAUCGCAACUCUGCAACUCAGUUUCUCUCUCUCCCAGUCUCCCUACCGUCAGACGCGACUCAAAGGGAAAUCAACUUCUGGUCCACCCACCACUUGUUCCAUCAUCCACUUGACUUUGGUGUUAACUCUUACCGUCUACCCAACUCGCCUCGCCGUUUGUUGGUUUCUUCGCAGCCUCCCGCUGUUCACGCAGAAUUCCAACUGAUCCAUCUGCUGCUUACCUGCCUGCCUGCUCGAUCAACAAAGACCAGGGCUCAGUGUCAUAUUCGUCACGCCACCCUAGGGAGAUAACCGACAAGUUUCGAGCGAAAAAAGGCGGAACUCGGCCACCGCACUCAACUUCACUCACAGCCAAGGCAUCCUUUUUUAACCCUCCUUCUCACACCCUUGAGGGCCCGACCGUCUGCAACUUUGUCAAAUCUUCUUACCCAUCCACAGACACACUCGGCUUUUUACUUUCUCUCUUCUCUUUGCACAAUCCCAUCAAAUUGUCAAUCGGUCUACCUGGACUCCAACAAGACAGUCUGGUAAGAGUGUAACAGAGAGAAGAAGAGGUCCAAGUGUCGUUUCUCUCUCACGCAUUUCUGCAGCCAACUCUUGCCGCUCUUCAUUUCCCCUUCUCCCAGCCCAUACCAGCCCAGUCUUUGUCCAGGCUAUCAUCCCGCCUUGUCUCACAAAUAAACCUGUCGGGUGGUCGGCAGUCUUGCACCCCAUCCAUACAAGCAGACACGUACUCCCAGCUAAGUGAGCCUGCUUUACUCUGCUUGGUUUCCGUCAACUUUCAAACUUCAUCUCAUCACCCCUUUAUCCACGAAGAGAGGUUUCAUCAACAACGACAUCGUCCCCUCACUCCUUCCCAUCUUGCCGCACAGAGCAGUUGUCAACAAGACGAAGCCCAAGAUGAAGACUCAACGGGCGGCGACAAAAGCCGUCACGGUCAAGAAGCGCAAUAACAACAAACACAAGAACGCCGCGUACAAGGUGGACAAGUUUGAGGUACCCGAGAACCCAACUCUUGAGGACAUCAAGCACGCCGUCGGUCUUCAGGAACUGGAAGAACGCGUCAGAGACGCCAAAGAAUCUGCAUGGGAAACCGACUCUCUCCUGGAGGAUGCCAUCGCUGAGAUGGGCGAUGCAAAACUUUCCUCAGAUGAUCCGGACAGCUGCACGCCUGACGAGGCCAUGGGCCUGCGCCACCAAUUAAGAGCGCUUGGUCCCGCAGAAUUCUGUAGAAGAACCGUGGACGCCGGACGCUACACGGCCAAGAAGCUACUGUCGGCCUUUGGCCUCAAGCCUCCCGCCUUCCUCGAGGGUGCCGAAGAUGAGGCCUACUUCAGUCUCUUGUCGCUGGCCAUCAGCCGAGAGCUAUCUAAACGCGCAAAGCUGUUUCGCUUCAACACGGUGGACGACGCCGUGGACCUGCUACAGCGGAGCAAGAACAUCAUCGUUCUCACUGGUGCGGGCAUCUCUACCUCGCUCGGCAUUCCCGAUUUCCGCUCAAAGGGUGGUCUCUAUUCUCAACUUGAGCAUCUGGGACUCAACGACCCGCAGGAGGUGUUUGACAUUUCCGUCUUUAAGCAUGACCCGACCAUCUUCUACACCGUUGCCAAGGACAUUCUGCCGUCGACCAACCGUUUUACACCGACUCAUGCCUUCAUCUCCAUGCUUGAGAAGAAGGGCAAGCUGCUCACCAACUACACACAGAACAUUGACAACCUUGAGGCCAAGGCCGGCAUCUCUCAGGACAAGCUCAUCCAGUGCCACGGUUCUUUCGCAACCGCGACUUGUGUUCAGUGCCGCUUCAAGUGCGACGGCGAAGAGAUCUUCGACGACGUUAAAGCUGGCAAGAUCCCGCGUUGCCCCCGCUGCAUCCAGAACCUUCGUCCCAAUGGCAGCAGUAAGCGCAAGCGCUCGGCGGGCACCGAGAGAAAGCGCCGCAGGUUCAGCUCCGACGACUCGACGUCAGACGGCGAGUACGACAUCCCCAGCGUGGGCGUUAUGAAGCCCGACAUCACCUUCUUCGGCGAGGCGCUGCCUGAUGAGUUCAGCAGGCGUCUAACAGAGCACGACCGCGACAAGGUGGACCUCGUCAUCGUUAUCGGUACGAGUCUGAAGGUGACGCCGGUGUCUGAGAUAGUAUCCUGGCUACCGGCCAACAUCCCCCAGAUCUACAUCUCGCGCCAGGCCGUCAACCACAUCAACUUUGAUAUUGACCUGCUGGGCGACUGCGACGUCGUCGUCUCGGAGCUGUGCCGCCGCGCCGGUUGGCCGCUCGAGCACGAGAUGGUGCCCCAGGACCAGGUCGUCAAGGUGAACCCAGACGGCGGGUGCGUGAGCAGACACGUCUUUGAGGUCGCCAACCCCAAGCAGCCGCCGCCGCCUAUGCACCAAAUCUCCAAGCCCGAGACUGAGUCCGAGACGGCGGAACCGACCAAGGGACCCAGAAAGCCUCGAAGGUCGAGAGACGCUGUCUGAGACUGGAACUUCUUCUCGCAAGUUGUCAACCACCUCACCCUCGCUCUUUUGCUCGCUUUUCUUCUUUCUGUCCGCUCAUUGUCUCUACCUACAGAUACCCCCUCGUGCCCUUCUCGCUUUCUCAGACAAUUGUAUUUGAGAGCGCUUCACGCGGCACCCGUCAAUGGUUUAGAAGGGGGAAUAAUGUCCAUACACGGUACCUGAUUCGACGAAACGAUACAAAGCCCCCAAAACACAAGACGGAACGGCACUAUUGCCGGUAGCAGCAAUGCAAGCGUCAACGAAACAGCCUGGUACCACAACCUACACUCACUGCCCCCGGUCAAGUCUCGGGGCUUUGUGGCUGCGGGCCAUCGCCACGUCGCCCGCUUCUCGGUUUUGGCCAGACACAGCGCGUCAGGCAUAAAUGGUUUUUUUCCUCUUACUCCACAGCACAACACAGGGCAGCACCGCACCACUUCGGUCAGCGAAUCCGUAGUUGCGCUCUGCACAAGCCCUCUCACCCUAACUAAUCUCGACCUUCUGGAGUCUCUUCAUACGGCAGCCAAAACGGUCAUCGCGUUGUUCCCUUUACGGAGGGAUACACCAACUCAUAACCUCAACCCUCAAAACGAGGUUUUUUCUUUUUCUUUCCUGAUACCACAGAUUGCGAUGUUUUGAGCCUUUUUUUUUUCACUUUCACUUUGCUUUGUUAUUUUGUCGGCUUUUAAUUCGAAAACGGAGGUGGAACAGGGCUGACGGAGGAAAGGAAGAACGUGGCGGAAACGGCGUUUGAGGCUCUCGCGAAAGGAAAACUUAUGCACGGGUCUGGUUUGCCUUGUGUCUUUUAUUUGUUUUGUUUUGUCAGAAUACCUAGAGAGAGAGGGGGCCCUAGAGAGGCCUUUUUUCCCUUUUGUUUUACACGCGCACCCGCGCAAAUGUCCGAUUUUCUCUAGAGACAGAAAUUCAGACAGAAAGAUUCCGUUUUUUGAUAGUUGAUCAAUGGAUUGCAAUCAUCAAG